AUGGAUCAGGAUCAGAAACCAGGGGAGUUUGUUGUUCCUCGAAAGGAGAUUCUGACCAAGGAGGAUCUGGAGCUCUUCCAUGCCUCACCAACCUAUGCCAACCUGUUCGAGUUCUUGGAGGCGUUGAACGAGAGCGUGGUUGGUGUUGUCAGCACUGCGGACUGCUAUGAGAGUGAGGUCGUAAAGGGCAUGCUGGAGACGCUUGAUCUUGUCAACGAUGUCACAGAGGAAUAUCCCCCAGAGACUGGACAUGAGAGUCGAUUCGGCAACCCUGCAUUCCGCAAGUUUUAUGAUCAAGUUUGUUUGUCUGCUCCAGAGUGGAUGGAGAAGCUGGUCACGCCCAAAGAGGCUGUCCCUGAGGUGACAAAGUACUUUGUGGAGUGCUGGGGCAAUCGAAAGAGAAUCGACUAUGGAACAGGGCACGAGGCUAGUUUCUUGGCUUGGCUGUACUGCUUCGACAAACUGGGGCUGAUCAAGCAGGAGGACUACAAAGCCGUUGUGAUCAAGGUGUUUUUCAAGUAUAUUGAAGUGAUGAGGAAUUUACAAUUCGCGUACUGGUUGGAGCCAGCAGGAUCGCAUGGUGUCUGGGGUCUGGACGACUAUCACUUCUUGCCUUUCUUGUUUGGUUCGGCACAAUUGAGAGGACACAAGUACAUCCGACCAAAAUCGAUCCACGAUAACGACAUCGUCUCAGAAUUCGCAAAGGACUACAUGUACCUGUCGUGUGUGAAAUUCAUCAACUCGGUCAAGACGGCUUCGUUGAGAUGGCACUCGCCUAUGCUGGAUGAUAUCAGCGCUGUCAAGACCUGGGAGAAGGUCAACUCGGGCAUGAUCAAGAUGUACAAGGCCGAGGUCUUUGGCAAGUUGCCGAUCAUGCAGCACUUCCUCUUUGGCUCGUUGCUGCCGUUCAAGGGACAGAGCGACACUCGUAUCCUGGACGAGGACGAGGAAGAGGCAGGCGUGGAGGGUCAUUCACACGUGCAUGCCUUUGGUCAAGAAUUCCCAACAUGCUGUGGCAUGAAGAUUCCGAGUGCGAUUGCUGCAGCGGCUGCGUCUGGUGCAUCGGGAGACAGAUCACUUCCUGGCGUGCCCUCGAACGGCGCAAGGAGAUUGCCAUUUGACUAA